CUUUUUUCCAUCACCACCUCGUACGAUUGAACAAACCACGACCGACCAGAGAACACCUUCAAUCGGCAUCCGCACGCAGGGCCGCGACAAUGUCCAAGACCAAGAAGAACGCCAAGCGCAAGCUCGAGCAGGCCGCCGCGGCAGGCCUGCACCAGCAACAGCACCAGCCUGCGGCCAAACGCCAGCACGGCCUGCCCUCGCCUCCUCAGACCGGGCCCGACUCGACGACCUCGACCACCACGGCCACGCUGGCAUCCGUCAUCUCGACCGAGGAGCUCGACAUCACAGUCGAGACGCUGCAGACGCUGGCGCAGAACCCGGCCGUCAUCAAGGCCAAGGGCUGCCGCGACCUGCGCGCCGCCGUCUACGACUUCCGCCAGGCCUGCACCACGGGCACCUCUGCCACUCCCAUCACUGGCAGCUCCGGCAACCUCACGGCGCGCAUCUCGGCCGCCCUCGUCGACGCAAAGUACACCGACGCCCUUGUCCUGCUCGCCGAGAUGCGCAUCCGCAACGAGGCCCCCAAGCUCGGCGCCCUCUGCCGCUGGGUCCGCGACCUCGACGUCACCAGCGGCCUCUCCUCGGGCGCCGUCGACCUCGCCUCGGCCUCCCCCGCCGCCGCAAACCACCAGCUCGCCCUCACCCGCUCCCCCCAGCAGCGCGAGUCCCUCCGCGUCCUCGACUCGGUCCUCCGCGUCACCGGCACUCUCGACCUCCAGCCCUCCGCCCGCUGUCUCACCGUCGACGACCCCAUCGCCCUCCACGAGCACUGGAACCUGCGCCAUCGCGAACCCCUACCCGUGCGCCAGAGCGUGCUCGACGGCUCGAUAUCCCAGCACUGCCCGCCCGGCGUCCCCGACAACUUCCACGUCCUCGACCGCACCCCGGCCGCCGAGCGCAAGCCGCCAAACAGCCACGACGCCAUCGUCUACCUCAGCGACGACAAUGCAGUGCCGCUCUCCCAGACACCGCCCACCACCACCACGUUCCACAAGCACCCGUCCGUGCCGAACCUGUCGCUCAUGCGCGACGUCCUCUCCACCGACGAGUGCAAGUCCAUCAUUGCCGCCUGCGAAAAGGUCGGCUUCCUACCCGACGCACCCUUGCGCGAUGACGGCGCCGAGGCCAGCAUCCUCGCCCACAAUGUCUACUGGAUGGUGGACCAGGCCUUCCACGAUGUCCUCUGGGACCGAGUCAAGCCCUUCAUCCCCACCGAGCUGGACGGCAGGAAGGCGCGCGGCAUCAACCGGCGCUUCAGAGUCUACCGGUACGUGCCGGGCGCCGAGUACCGCUGCCACUUUGACGGGGCCUGGCCGCCGUCCGGCGUGGACCCCAAGACGGGCAAGUACGUCUACGACGCGUCCCCGCCCGAGGCCAAGCAGUCGAGCCUGUUCACCUUCCUCGUCUACCUCAACGACGACUUUGAGGGCGGCGAGACGACCUUCUUCACGCCCAGCCUGCGCGAGGGCGUCAUGAACGCCUACCCCGUGCAGCCCGUCAUGGGCUCCAUCGCGCUGUUCCCGCAUGGCGAGAGCAAGGGCGCGCUGCUGCACGAAGGCACGGGCGUGAGGAAGGGCGCCAAGUACAUCAUCCGGACGGACGUCGAGUAUGAUGUUUGAGGCUAGUCUGACGACACGAAAAGCACGAGAUUGACGAUCAAAUGACAACAUGAUUCCCAUGAGGACAUACUUACUUCUAAUGGCGUUUGCCUGGAAUAAUUGACUAUCUUGUUUGAACACGAGAAAGUGCGAUUGUGAGAUAUGCAACUUGUUCCAGUUGACCCCCACACAAACAUCAUUAAAAAGUCGUUCACAGUG